AUGCCUUCUCCUUCAUCAACCCAUUCUAGAGAAACUGGUAGUGGCUCAACUUCCAAGGGUAGUAAAUGGAGAGAUCCCAAAUUUUUAAAACAGAUCAGAGGCGGAUCUAGUAAUACUAGAUAUUCAUCUCAAAAUGAUACCUCUCAUUCGACCCUGAACCAAAGUCAUAAUCGGACAUCACCCGUACGGGAAGAAUCAAUCACGAUAACCAGGACGACGAGUUAUGCGAAAGAUGACAAAAAUCAUAGCACACAAAGGCUCAACGGUACCGGCACCACUGUUCCACACAGACCAUCAGUAUCUAGAAGAGUGUCCAGCACGGAGUAUGCAGGACAAGGACAUCCUAUGUCCAGGCAAGUCUCUAAUUCUGGUUCAAGCUCUCCACCAGGUCAAGGUCAUGGUCUUCAUCCGUAUUACUCUGGAGUACCACUCUCUAGACAAGCUUCCAUUUCUAGCCAACAACCUUCUGCUAAUGGUUAUGGAAAUGGCAAUCCUGAAAGUCGACCAUCGAUCUCACGCCGAAACUCAUGUUCCAAGCACCCCAAUUGCAAAAUCGAUGAUAGCUCAGGCAAAUACACUUUACAUGUAUUUUCAGCUCCAAGGGGGGAAGCUAGAGAGCCAAGUAUCGAUAGACAUUCACGUACCCGAUCGAGAGCUAGGGAUCAUGAAGAUAUUUCGACACCUUCUAGACGGAGUCAUGAUCCCAGAGGUAGAUCAUCCUCAAGGGUAUCCGCAAGGUAUUCACCGCCAGAUCGCGAAUACGAGUAUGGAGGUGGACGUGAAGAGCGUAACUCACGGAGAAGAGGGGACUCUAGAGGACCAAAUUAUCAACUUCCUAAUGGUAGUUAUGAUAGUCCACCUAGUCACACACCUCCAUCCAGACCUUCUAUCGAUCAUAGACAAUCAUCUUCUCAGGCUCCUAAUGCUAAUGCUAAUGGAUACGAUCGCGGGUAUACUCAAAGGUUCUCAAUAGAGAGUUUCAAUCCUCGCACGAUGGACUUGAUUAGAUUCCGAAGAGAUGGAGGAGGGAUCGAAACUAACAUAAGAGAGAGAUUUGACGUUAGACCUAAAUGGGUUUAUGGAUCUACGACGGAUAUAUUGAGAACUUCACCUAAUCAUUAUCCAAUCAGGACUCCGGAUGAUAAUUUGGUUUGGCGAUCGAAAUGUCCUCAUACGGAUGGGAGCAAUCGACCUGAAGAAUGUAAGAUCCUUCACACCAACCUCGACCCAUCCUCAAUCUCCAUUACGCCGAUUGCCGAUACGGACCAUACCAACUAUUCCAUGUGUCUCAUGUCCCCUCAUCAUCCUUCUAUCAGAGGUGCUGAGCUGAAUUACGAUACGUCUUCAAACACUUUAGAAGCUAAAGUAAGAGCUGUAGAGAAUAUUCAGCAAGAUAUGGCUAAUCGAUUUAUCGAAUGGUCAAAUACCCCAGGGGGGAGACAGAGAUUGGAUUUGGAAAAUGUAUUCAUGGCUGGGUGUGAUAGUUGGAUGAAUAGGAAAGACAGGUUGAAUAGAUAUAAAUUGGAAAUUAACGGUACGACUAAGAAUACGAUCACCAACGGUAAUGGUCAUGUUACUAGUGCAACAACUUCAAUCAGUGUUGUUAAUCCAAUAAUCAAGAGGUUCAAAGGAUUAUCAACAGGUUUGGAAAAUCUUUCCAAAGGUUUAGAACAAAUAACGAGUAAUGUUACCACUCGUACCACUACUACCAACCCUAGUAAUGGUAUUACGAUACUCGAUAGGUUGGAUAGGGUUACAGCAGGAUUUGAGAAUGAGGUAAAUAAGAAUUUCGAAGAUAUGAAGACCCUUGCGGUUGAUAACAUGACUGAAUUGCUUCGAGAGAAAAACACGACGUCAACCCAACCUACUCAGAUUUCAAGUCAUCCUCAAAAUACAAUUAAAGGGAAUGGUAGUAAAGUGAGGUUUAAUUUGGCUGAUGAGAAACAUCUGAAAGAUACUUUAGGUAAUAGUCUUCCAUCGACUGCGUCCGUUACGAAUACGAGUGCGCAGCCGCCGGGAUCAGGAUCAGGAUCGGGAUCGGCAGCAGGAAGAGCAGCAGCCUUGGCUACUAGAACUGACCAAUCUUCGAGGUUCUUCAAAGAUCAUUUCAAAACUAUCAGACAGUCUAUCACCGAUUUGAUCCAAUCGAAUCAGGCCAAUGCUAAAUCCAAUGGUGAUAGCGGGAUGAGUGCACUUGGUAAAGACCUGGAUAAGAUAAACCAUCAAAUGGUCGAAAAUCAAAUUACAGUUGAUAGUCUGAAAGAAUCCGUACAGAAAAGUCAAAACGGCUGGAUAGACAAGAUUGAUCGUGAAUUAGAAGAUAUUCAAAGAGAGGAAGAAAGAUUGAAAGUGUUUAGAAAUAUUUUAUUAUCUUGA